AUUGCAAAUAAGCAAACAUACCAUAACACCACCAGGAUAAAGAAACAUCAAAUGGCGGUCCGCGCCCACCUUUAGUUAGCGACAUAAGAACGCAUAUGCAAUCCCCAAAACCAGGCCCCUAGGCACUCUUUAUCAUUCCUUCAUCACCCAAAACAGGAAGAAUACAAAAACACAGAAAAAGGUAUACAAAUUUUUGUAAUAUGGAAGGUACAGUCGUUAGAAGAGUUAUUCCCUCAGACAAUAGUUGCCUCUUCAAUGCAGUUGGGUAUGUUAUGGACCAUGACAAGCAAAAAGCUGCUGAAUUGAGACAGGUUAUAGCUGCAACGGUGGCAAGUGAUCCAACGAAAUAUUCUGAAGCAAUUCUGGGUAAACCAAAUGAAGAGUAUUGUGCUUGGAUUCUCAACCCAGAGAAGUGGGGAGGUGCUAUCGAGCUUUCAAUAUUAGCAGAUUAUUAUGGACGUGAAAUUGCAGCAUAUGAUAUCCAGACUACAAGAUGCGAUUUGUAUGGUCAGGAGAAAAACUAUUCUGAAAGGGUUAUGCUGAUCUAUGAUGGGCUUCACUACGAUGCUUUAGCUAUGUCUCCAUUUGAAGAAGCCCCGGAGGAGUUUGAUCAGACUAUAUUUGCAGUUAAGAACAAGACCAUUGGGCCAGUGGAGGGCAUCACUCUUAAUCUUGUGAAAGAGCAACAACGUAAAAGGAGCUAUACAGACACUGCCAACUUCACUUUGCGCUGUGGGGUGUGCCAAGUUGGACUUGUUGGCCAGAAGGAGGCUGUAGAGCAUGCAAAGGCGACUGGCCAUGUCAACUUUCAAGAAUACAGAUAACAGACCGCAAAAAAAACAAACCAAAAUAUAGUCCCAUUUCAUUGGAGUGAGAUUCCUGAUUUCCAUAGAAUUCAAUUAUUGAUUUAUGUUGUGUCAAAUUUGACAUAUAAAUUGUAAUGUACUUUUGAAUAAUUUAUUCUGGUUGUGGGAAAUGGAAAUGGGACAUGUAUGUUGUACCAUACCAUGAUACCAAAAAUAAAGAAAAAGAAAUGUUGUAAUUGGUGUACCUAUCACUGUAUCAUCAUUUUAUGGGAUCAUGUUAUCUGAUCUACUGAUUAUGUUUUCCUUAA